UCUAAUUCGGGAGUAGCAAUAACAGGAACAUGUGCCAAAUUUUUCGAAACAAAAAAAGCGCAUAAGCGAUCGGUUAUCAUCCACAGCACUACUGAGGAUGUGAUAUGCCUUAACGCAAAAACCGAUAUCUUCCAAGCCCAUUUGCAACCAGAGUCUGUUCCGCCUAUUCUUCUGCCUGCACCCAAAACUCCACCUCAAAAUUUCAGAGACUUAACGCCAUUAAUGUCAACUCCCAAUAAGCGACCAUACGAGAAGGAAGAACUUCAGCUGUUUAUCCAAGACAUCUCCAUAGUAUGUGCAUUUUGGGAGACGAUUGAGGAGCUGUCAUCAGAAAUUGGAGAGGAACUUGCUGUGGAGGUGUUCUCUAUGCGUGAUAUUAAUCCUGCCGUAUGGACACCUGCCUUGGAGAAGUAUCUUGAUACUAUCUUCGAAGAAACAAUGGAUAAUUUCCAAACUAAAGUCCGGACUAAAUUGUCGGAGGAUGAAGAUGAGCUUUUUAGACUCUAUUGCGAAAAAGUUCUCAUUGACUUUUACUACCUCAUAGAUGUCGAUCCCACAAUGAGCAGAAAAAUAGGAGAACGAAAACACAUAGCAACAAGAUCCUAUGAUGGAUUAGAUGUUUGGCACAUGGAGGUUGCAGGCCCUCCUUAUAAUGCGAGCGAGAAGCAUACUUUAGGUGACUCGAAGAAAACCCUCCGAACCGAUAUUUUGAAUUUAAUCGCGAUAUUACGGGACCAUCUCGAUUGCGAAGUGGAACUUGCAACGAAGAUUAGGGUGUUUAGCACCCAGUCAAUAAACAAUCGACUUACUCUUUAUGCUCUCAGCAUGCUUUCUGACGGACGUUUCCUCGUAACGGAGCUCGCUACAGCCACCAUACCUUUCAGUUUUAACGCCCGGAGCCAAUAUAAAGCUGUCCUCAGGAUGAUGGCCAUCUUCCACACGGUGGAUAAUGCCUGGAAGUGUGAAGGGGAGAUGUCAUGCUUGUCCUCAGACAGUGACCUUCUCAACACAAUCCUGUUUACUGGUUUAACCCUCAGGUCACCAAGUUUUGUGUCGGUCCUCAGACGGCGGACUGGUGGAGACUGGUAA